CAGCACUUAGCGCGCGCCCUGCUCCCUUCGCGCCUGUCCAUUCCGCCGAACCCCCAAUCGCGUCCUCGUCGCGUGUGAAACCCCACAAACCACCACCCACGAAGCCACCGAACACCACACGAAUCUCCCAUAUCCUCCCACCAGUGCCAAUGCGCAUCUGAACGCCAUACCCAUCACCUCUCGCGACAUCACACACACGCAAAGCAACCCUCUCCUCUCCACCUCCCGACAAACCUCACAGCGCGCAACCUCCGCCGCCAUGGCGCCUCGACGGGCCCCUCCCGCCGCCGCCCCUCCCGUCGAACCUUCACUCCCUGCUCUCACUUUCGAUGAACCCCUCUCGUGGCGCGCAGGAAAGGCUAUUCCCACUGCGGAGCUGCUGCGCCGACUUGGUGCGCUCGCCGCGGAGCUCGCAGAGCUCGACCAGGAAGAGACAGAUAAGGCGUCGCUCGGCAAGGUCGCGAAGGAGCUAUGUAGUCCCAAUCUGUUGGGCCAUAAGGAUCGCGGGGUUCGCGCAUUCGCCGCGGCUUGUUUGGUGGAUGUGCUGAAGAUUUGUGCGCCGGAUGCGCCGUUCACGCCGUCGCAGUUGAAGGAUAUUUUCACGCUGUUCGUAACAUCGAUUCUGCCUGCGCUCUCGGACCCAUCGAAUGCGUAUAACACGCAGCAUAUGUACGUGCUGACGUCGCUGGCGGAAGUCAAGAGCGUAGUCCUGAUUACGGAUGUGAAUAACUCGGAGGCGCUACUAUUGCAUCUCUUUACCAUCUUCUUCGAUAUUGUGUCGGGCUCGGCGAAGGCAUCGACCGGGGAGCAGUUGAGCAAGAAUGCCGAGUUUCAUAUGAAUGAGAUCCUGGUGACGCUUGUGGAUGAGGCCCCGACGCUACCAACGGAAGUUAUUGAUAUUAUUGUCGCGCAGUUCUUGCGGGCUGCGGCAACGGGGAAGGCGAAGCAGAAUGGUGAUUCGAAGGCGGAUGAUAAACAGUCGACGCUGGAGAUGAAGGAGUUGCCGGCUGCGUAUAAGAUGGCUGAGUUUCUGUGCAAUUCCUGCCCAGAGAAGAUGUCGAGGUAUAUCAGCCAGUACUUCAACGAUGUGAUCGUCGACGCCUCGUCCUCAGGUUCCAUCUCCAAAUCAGGCGACCACAGGAGGUCUAGCAUUAAUGACGACUCCGAUGACGAAGACGAGAAUGCGGGCCCAACAGUUGUGGAUCUGCGUGAGCUGGAGAAGGCACAUAGGUUACUUCGAGAGCUAUGGCGCGCGUCAUCUCAAGUCUUACAGAAUGUUAUCCCGCAACUCGAGGCGGAGCUAUCAGCAGAAAAUGUACAGCUGCGACUGCUCGCAACCGAGACCCUAGGAGAUAUUAUAUCUGGCAUUGGAGCUGCAGGACCACCUCCGGCGCCUCCAAUGGAUCCAGCUGCAUAUCCGCCUGUGAUGCUCGAGGAGUACGCACAGCCGACUGCGCCAACUAAUAUUCUCACGACGCCAAUGUCACCACAGUCGUUCGCACAGGCCUAUCCGGCCGUUUACACCAGCUUCCUCAGUCGCAAGAAUGAUAAGUCUCCACUGAUUAGGUCGGCGUGGACUACAGCGAUUGGACGGAUCAUCCUCACUUCAGCUGGAGGUAUCGGAUUGAGCCGCGAGGACGAGGCUACUCUCGUAGCUGGACUCGCAGAGAAACUCAACGACGCGGACGAAAGAGUUCGCAUCGCGGCUGUAAAGGCAGUUGCUGGAUUCGGCUUCCAUGACAUUAUAACAAAGCUCGCAAGCAGCGGCGACGUGAACAAGACAGGAUCAGUCCUGUGCAGCUUAGCGGAUCGCUCGCGUGAUCGGAAACAUGCUGUGCGCGUGGAAGGCAUGACCACCAUCAGUAAGAUCUGGGGCGUGGCAGCAGGGGAGAUCGCGGCUGGGAACGAGACCGUGACAGCGCUUCUGGGAGCGAUUCCGUCGCGCAUAUUCUACGCUUACUACGCUAAUGAUCAAGAUGUGAAUGUGCUACUCGAUCACGUUAUGUUCGAGCAGCUCCUACCGCUCCCAUAUCCCCCGCUCAAGUCAAAGGGGAUUAAGAAGGCGAAUGGGGAAUCACAACAGGCUACAGAUGACUCCUUUGACCCCAACACCGCGCGUGUAGAGCGCCUCCUCAUCCUCGUCCGCUCCCUGGACCCCAAAGCCAAAAAAGCCUUUUUCGCGCUCCAAGCGCGUCAGAAGACCUUCCGCAACGUGAUGACAACUUUCCUCACCAAAUGCGAGGAGUACAAUGGGGGUGUGAUGGACGGCAAUGAGAAGGAGAUCAAACAGAAGCUCACGGCUGUGAUACAGUGGCUCGUGGCACUGUUGCCGGACUCGCUGCGUGCCGGCGCCGACUUGUGGAAGUUCGCUAAGAUGCAUGAUCGUCGCGCGUACCACCUGAUUCGAUGUACUAUGGACCCGAUUGAGGACUUCAAGACUGUGCAUAAGGCGGUUAAGGAGUUUGCGAAGCGCAUUGAGGCGGCGCCGGGGGCGCCGGCGGGGUUGCUGGAGACGAUGAUUCCGUUGAUCUACCGUGCUGGGUCAAUUGUGUAUAAUCAAAGCAAUUUGCCGGCUAUUCUUGAGUUCUCGCGCAAUGAUGCGAAGGGACUUGGUGCCACGGCGCAUGAGCUUCUAAAUGAGAUUUCGGAGCGAAACCCGGAUAUCUUCAAGGCGCAGGUUAAGGAUCUCUGCAAGCUGCUUGUGGAAGCGGCUCCAACAGCCACGAAGGCGAACGACGUCGGUUCAGUCAAGACACUCAAAUCGUGCGCGGCAUUCGCGAAGAAAUUCCCGGAUGAUAUCCCCAAGGACAAGCCAUUUGUGCAGGCCCUCGUCGCCUUCGCAAAGUUCGGUAGCCCAGCCAAAGCCGCAAAGCACGCUGUCACGAUCCUGACCUCGACUACCGCACGCAAAGAAGUUCACGCCCGCGACCUCCUGACAUGGGCUACAAAAGACUGGACAUACGGCUCCGACCACUAUCUCACCAAGCUCGCCUGCAUUAGCCAGCUCACCCUCCUCGCCCCCACCAUAAUGGACGAAUUCCACGACCCCAUCCUCGAAAUCACAAGCCAGCAAGUCCUCCUCCAAUACCGCACCGAGCCCUCCUCCAGCGACCGCAGCUGGGUCGACGACGCCGCCGUAGACGCUGAAUGCGAAGCAAAGACCUGGUCGCUAAAAGCUCUCGUCAACCGCCUCCGCGUCGUCACCGACCCCGCGUCAGCCGCCGAGCUCGCGCCACCAGUCUACAAACUCCUCCUCACCCUGCUCACCAACGAAGGCGAGCUCUCCAAAACCGCCUCGACGCCAAAACACCAUAAAUCGCGUCUCCGUCUCCUCGCCGCGCAUCUCCUCCUAAAGCUCGGCACCACAAAGGCAUUCGACGCACAACUCUCCCCGAAAUCCUUCCUCCGCCUCGCUACCGUGGCGCAGGACGCCUUAUUCCCCGUUCGUCGCAGAUUUAUCGACAAGCUCCAGAAAUACCUCGUCCUCAACCGUCUUCCGAUGCGCUUCUACACCAUCCCCUUCCUCCUCGCUUUCGAGCCCGAGGCGCAUUUCCGCGCUAGCGCAGCAACUUGGCUCAAAUCCCGCGCUCGCGCCCUGCAGGGCCCAGUUGGUGGUGGUGGUGGGGCGCUGGAGGCUACACUCCCGCGCCUCCUGUCGCUCUUGGCGCACCACCCCGAUUACAGCCCCGAACCCGCCGACCUCCUCGACACAGCGCAAUACAUCCUCUUCUUCGUCUCCUCCGUCGCCACCGAAGAAAACCUCGGCCUCCUCUACAAAUACGCCGAGCGCGUCAAGCAAGCACGCGACGCCCUCGACCCCUCCAGCGAAAACAUCUACGUCCUCGCCGAACUCGCCAUGGCUGUCCUGCGCAAGUGGGAGGCGCGCCGCGGAUGGGCUAUGCAGGCCUAUGCUGGGAGGUUGGGGAUGGCGCGUGAGCUGUUCGCGAAGAUGCCGGAUCAUAAGACGGCGCAGGAGACGGCGGACAAGGUGUUUUUGCCGGAGGGCGUGGAGGAGGGGGUUGAGGAGGUUGUGAGGAAGGGGGAGAAGAGGGGGAAGAGAGCUGCGGGGGAGGGAGCGGCUGGGGGGGAGCCGGCGGGGAAGAGGCAGAGGGUCUCGAAUGCUGCGGCGGCGGUGGUGCCGAGGGUGAAGACGGCGAAGGUGGUGAAGAAGGUGGUGAAGCCGAAGACGCCGAAGACGCCGAAGACGCCGAAGGUGAAGAAGGUUAGGGAGGAGAAGGUGGAGUCGACGGCGGAGAGGAGGAGGAGUGGGAGGGGGGUGGUGGCGAAGACGAGUUAUGCGGAUAGGGAUGAUAGUGAGGAUGAUGAGGAGAUGAUGGGGGGGGUUAGUAAGUGGGAGUAUGCGGAUGGGCAUGUUGAGUCUGAUGCUGCUGAAUCUGAUGAUGAGUCGGAUGCUGAGGCUUCUGAGGCUGCGGCUUCUGAGGCUGCGGGGGAGGAGGAUGUGGAGAUGUCCGACGACGGCGCUGUCGAGGAGCCGGAAGAGACGCCCGCGCCGGCGAUACGGACGAAGGUCCCUGAACCGGUGGUGCAAGAACCAGAAGAAGAGGAGGAAAAGGAAUCUACACCUGAGCCGGUGGAGAAACCAACGAAUGGACGCGGACGCAAAGCCGCUGCUGUGAAGGCAAAGCCAAAGGGGAAGGAGAAUAUCAAAACCCCCGCCGUACCGGUGCGAGCCAGGAGCGCGCGUGCAAGGGGUAAGAAGGCUGGGGGUGAUGUGUUUGAUGUCGAGGCGAGCGAGUGAUUGAGGUUCUCAUCUAAAACUGCAAUGGUUUAAUUAGGGGAUGGAGGAGGAGGUUUCUAUAUCUGCGAUAUCACGAUUUUUUUUAGCUGGCUAUUUGCUGUAUCUUUUCUCCCCGGUUGAGUUUUGAGAGAGAUGAAAAGCUUAGGGGGUGUGGGGUGAGGAAGGGGGAUGAUGGGCGGAUACCCAUUGCAGUUGUUGUCUUUUCUAUUUUUGUUUGGGGGCUUUGAUGGUUGGCUAGGCAGGGGUUGUUGUAUAUGAGAUGAGGGUAUGAGGGUUGAAAGGGGGGUG